GGGGACGCUGCUUAACCACCAUUUGGACAUCCCCCCGUCCGUGGCCCUCCAGAAGAGCUUGCCUUUUUCCCAUUUAGUUAUUCUCCCACCGUGUUCCAAAAAGCAAGUGAGGUGAGGAGGUGACUGGAAAAAUCGCCGCACUUCCUUGUGUCUACAGGGAGGCAUCAAACUGUUUCAACUCGGUGGCCACGCCUACACGUUUGUGUACCUGUUUGUGGGUUUAUUCCCUCGAGGGGGAGAGCGUUAAUGGGUGGGUAAUAUCACCAUGUUAUUGCCAGGUCAUCACUGCGUUACUGCGCGAGGCCCUCCUGCUGUGCUGGGACGAACGGUCUGCAUUUCGAGCGGACGAGGGGCAAUCGCGCUGAUGAGUCGCUCCUUCGUGUACCCCCCAGUUGUGUAUUACUGCGGGCACCAAGACAUAAGCGCGCGAGAAUGAACAGAUCGCCAAGGUGGAGCCUCCCCUCCACAUGCGAUGGAAAAAGGACAUGCCAACCGAAUGAACAAACUUUAUGAAUUGGACCAUUUCUUCAUUUCUCAUCACCUCUAUGCUUCUCUCCCUCUUCGAUCAUUUCUUUCCGAUUUUAUUUCCCCUCAAUAGUUCUCCCCGCUCGGUUAUCGCAUGAGCAGGGAAGGAAAAAAAAAAAAAAAAAAAGGAACAUUUUUUCCUGCACGCGGAAGCCCCGCUUUGGGCGCAAUUUUUACGGCGCAUUUUGAGGGUAAAUUUUUUUGCAAUUUUUUGGGAAAAUUUUCACCAUCCUUUUUGCCAUCCGUUUGGUCGCUUCUUCGCCGCGUUUCCGCCUUUCGCCGUUUCUCCCCGUUUUUCGCUCCCCUUCUGCGCUCCCCUCAUUUGCCAAGUUUCUUCUCCACCCCGAGCGGAGAACGCGAAGGACUGACUGGCCCCCCUGCGCUUAAUCCUUCGUGAAUGCGCCCGCCGAGCGGCGAAAGGAAAGCUCGCCUAGCUUCGCGCAAUUUAAGCCAAACAAUCGUGUCAACGGUUAACCGAUUGUUUUUUUUCCCCCCCGCGACGAAAAAAAAGAGGAAAAAAAAGAGGAAAAAAAAGAGGAAAAAAAAUACGUUACCUUUGGAAGAACAGCUGAGAGGCUGCCCUGCUGGUGAAACUGCUCCAGUGUGAAUAACAUCCCGCGACGUAUAAAAGGAAUCGUUUGCGAAGCUCGGGAACCAUGUCGAACAUAAGAUCCCUUAGCGACCUGAGGAAGGACGAAAAAAAAAACAAGGAGCGCGUGGCGCACUACACAGGCGGUCAGAACAGCGGACUGGAAGUAGAGAACUCAGACGAUGACAUGGUCCCCAGUUUUUUUACUUCCAAACUGCCAGACAAUUGCAGACAUAUCACGCUUUAUAAAAAUGGGUUCAUCAUAGACGAUGGAGAGUUCCGAGAUUUACAGGUUGAGGAAAAUAAAAAAUUCAUGCAGAAUAUCGAGGCGGGGAUUCUUCCCAAGGAAUUGGCUGGAAAAGAUAAAACGAUGAAUGUGGCCAUCAAGGAUAAGAGCAACCAAGUCUACACGAAGGAGAAAAUGGAGUGCAGCAAUUCGACUUACAAAGGACAGGGAGUCAAGUUAGGGUCUAGUAACACCCCAAGUGUUAGCGAAGAAGAAAUAAAAAAACUCGCUGCUUCUGCCCCGACUGAUGUUAAAAAAAUUGAUGUGGAUGAUUCCAAGCCGACUACUACAUUGCAUGUUAGGUUAUAUAAUGGGAAAAAAGUCUCACAGAAAUUUAAUUAUGACCACACAGUGGAGGACUUGUUUCAGUUCGUGCAUAGCUACACCCCCAUCAAUUUUUCUCUCUUUUUUGAUUUCCCCCUCAAGCCGAUUGAGCGCGGCGGCCAGACGCUGCAGGAGGCCAAGCUGAUAGACACGCUCGUCACGCAGAAGCUCACGCAGUGA